GACAGUUGUAUUCAGCGGUCAGCUUCUAAAGCAGGGGUAAGCGCAGAUAAUCAUCAAGUUUAUCCAUUUCCGUCUACGUGUUAAUGUCUCUAAGUGUCUCGGUGAUGGAUUCCUCCGACCAGACGGCUCACAAGAUAAAAAACCUGCAGAAAUUCAGAACAGGCCACAUUCUCAACGCUGUCCUCACUGUUUAUGCGAACCAUGAGAUAUUCAAGUGCGACGGGAAUUCAGCAGAACGCCUGAUGGAGACGGCUGAGAAGCUGCUGAAGAGCAGGGCUGAGGCAGGAGACACACAGGCCAGCUUCUUGCUAGGACAUCUCUAUUAUGAGGAGGGUCACUAUACAGAAGCUGAGGCUGUAUUUGAUGGGAUUAAGGAUAGAGAACCUCAAGCUCUCUACCAGCUGGCUGUUAUGUACUACGAUGGACUUGUUACCACAGCCGACCCUAGCAAAGCAGUGGACUAUAUGAGAAGAGUGGCUGAAUGUGACACCGGGAGUGUCAGAUAUGCAGCUUUGUACAACCUGGGCAGAGCCUAUCUGCAGGGUUAUGGAGUACAGGCCUCCAGAGAAGAGGCAGAGAAGUACUGGCUCACUGCAGCAGACGAUGGAAACCCCAAUGCCAGCGUGGAAGCUCAGUCAUCUCUCGGCUUGUUCUAUUCCAGUCCUGAAAUACGGGAUCUCAAAAGGGCAUUCUAUUGGCACUCUGAGGCCUGUGGUAAUGGCAGCCUGGAGUCCCAGGGGGCGCUGGGGAUCAUGUACCUAUAUGGAUAUGGUGUGUCUAAGAACCUGUUGGCUGCUUUUUACUGCCUCACGGAGGCUGCGGAGAGGGGUAACGUUUAUGCCCAGGGUCACCUUGCAGCUUACUACUACCAGCGCAAACUCUACACCAGAGCAGCACUGUUGGCUAAGAGGGUGUGCAAGUAUGAAGACGUUAGCGCUAUAGCAAAGUUCACAGGCUGCGACCCUGAAUACAUUCGUAAAGGAAUAGCCAUAGGCCUGUUCCACUAUGCCCGCUGCCUCCAGCUAGGCCGGGGACUCACACAGAACACAGAGAAAGCACUGCACUAUUACACCAAGGCGGCCCUGAUGAGCCCAGAAGUGUUUAAGGACCUCCAGAUGGACCUCAUUUAUGGCAGAAUGUAAUAUACAGUUAUGUGAAAAAAUAAGUACACCCCAUUGGAAAUCGUUGGCUUUUUUGUCAUAUUUGGACAAGCAAAGAUUUGAUCAUCUUUGAAACAGUGCCUAUUAAUAAAGUUGAUAUAUUUUAACAAAACCACAAGGAAAAUGAUCUUUUUCAAUUAUUUAUUAAACAGAAAUAUCAAUAGAUAUUCUUCUGUGGAAAAAAACAGUACACCCUUGGCCUCAGAAGCUAGUAUUGCCCCCUUUAGCAGAAAUAACUUCUUGUAGGCAUUUUGCAUAAUUGUCCACAAGGCUUGCUGGAAUUUCUGACCACUCGUCCAUGCGAUAUUCUUUUAGGUGCAAGAUGGUUGAGGGUUUUCUUGCAUGUACUGCCCAUUUCAAAUCCCCCCACAACAUUUCAGUGGGAUUCAAAUCCGGGCUUUGACUAGGUCAUUCCAUAACCCUCCAUUUCUUCUUUUCGAGCCAUUCAUUGGUGGAUUUGCUAGUGUGCUUGGGAUCAUUAUCCUGUUGAAAGGUCCACUUUCGUUUCAACUUCCAGACAGAUGGCCUCACAUUAUCUUCAAGCUCUCUUUGAUAUGAUGUAGAAUUCAUAGUUGAAACAAUGAAUGUAAGCUGUCCAGUCCCUGAGGCAGUGAAGCAACCCCAAACCCGAACAUUUCCACCACCGUGCUUCACAGUUGGUAUGAGGUAAAGUUGGUAUGCUUCUCCUGUAAAGCUGUCUUUGGUCUGCGCCAAACAACUCUAUCUUUGAUUCGUCUAUCCAGAGCACAUUAUUCUGAAAGGCCUGGUCUUUGCUCAUUGGCAAACUGUAGUCUUGCAAAGGACUGUAGUCUUUUUUUCCGGCAAGCUUCCCAUGCAGGUCAAAUUUUGGAUUUGAAGGUGUGAUAAAUGUAGGAGUGUACUUACUUUUUCCAUGUGACUGAUCUGAUUUUUGUUCAUUUAAAAUGUGAAAAUUACUACAAAAUUUCGAUCUUAUGUCGUGUGAUCAAGUGCAUCAACGUUAAUAGGCACUGUUUCAAAGAUCAUCAAAUGUUUGCUGGUUCAAAUAUGUCAAAAAAAGCCAAUGAUUUCCAUGGGGUGUACUUAUUUUUUCACACAACUGCAUGCAAGCACUGUUGCCAUAGUAAAUUCCCCUGGUAAAGCCACCAUGUUGGACAGUUCACCACACAUUCAACUGUUGUCUGUUAUAAAAGUGAAAGGCUAAGUUUUCUUAUUAGCAGCAUUCUGAAAUCAUUCUUCACUUUCUUUAAUCACUACUGGGGGGUUUUCUGAGAAAUGUUUACAGAAAGCAUCUUAUGUUACCUGGGGGAAAAAACAAACAAACUAAAGAACAACAACAACUUCAUAUGGUCAUAAAUCGUUCAGAUAGGUUUGGUCUAAUUUUCUGACUCAGUGCUAAUUUUGAAUGCACUUGGUUUAGUUCAGAGUUCAGGAAUCUAAUUUUGAAAAUAAUCAAACUACAGUACAACGCCAAUUUGUCGAUCUGCACUGCUGUAAUAAAGGUUGAGAAGCAGUUAUUAUUCAUUCAUCCACUUUAUCAUGCUCAGCUUUAUCCUGGUCAGGGUCAAAGUGGAUCAGUGGCCUAUCCCACGAACACCAGUCCAUCACAGGGAACCAUUCAUACACUCAUUCACAACCUAAAUGCAAUUUAGCACAGCCGCUCGACCUACUGACAUUUUAGGAGGUAGGAGAGAAACAGAGAACCCAC